UUUCAUAAAAAGCGUGCGAGUGGUUUAGGCUGUGUAUGUCAAACGUGGCGGAAUAAUAAUAAUAAAACUAACAAUUACAAUAGGUUGCCUUCGCACUUUGUGCUUGGCACCCUAAAAAUAAACAGUGUCUUGAUUGUGGUGCUGCGGUGCAGUCCUGAUAUUAGAGAUACGUCCGGUAUUGCAGGAACGCCAUUAAUAGGCAAUACAAAGAUUUGAUUAUUGCUACAAUGUCCAAAUCGGAGAAACGAAACUGAAGGUAAGGCAUUAGGAAUAUGAAACUUAGUCGAGUCUUUAUAAACCCACAGCAUCACUGCUGCUGAUAUGGAGAAGUUAAGAUUCUCACGGUGUCGCACAGAUCCAUCAUCCUGCUCUUUAGAGACUUUAGAUCGAAAAGCCGCUCGAUAUGGACAUUACAAUCACUCUUCUUGACGGGGAUUCCUUUCACCUCGCCGUGGCUUCAGGGACCACCGUGGGCUCGCUGAAACACCUCAUCCUUCAAAGCUUUAAACUCUCCCCGGAUAAGCUUUCGUACGACAAAGAAGGACAGAAAAUAAAUCUCAAUGAUGACUCGAGAUCUUUGAGUGCCUAUGGUGUGCCGGCCGGCGCCAAUAUCUUGAUGCUGCUCAAGAAUCCCAUGAGUGAGCCCACCACCAUCGAUAUUAUUCUGAAAACGUUGACGGGCCAGAGUCACGUCUACACCGUCCGACCUGGGGAGACGGUGGCCGAGUUUAAGCUCAAGGUUAAACAGCGGGAAGGAAUGGCCGUGGACCAACAAAGGCUGAUCCAUGAAGGCCAUCAGUUGGACGACGAGAGUCGUACACUGGAGUCCUAUAAUGUGAGCGCGGGGAGCACCAUCUACCUAAACGGACGGCUGAGGGGCGGCAAGGACUCGGGAGAAGACACCUAAAGAGAGGAGGCCAAUUGGCACGUAUAGGUGCGAUGUCUUAGUUUAGUCCCUUAUUGCAAGUUAACUUUCACAAUUAUUACAGGUUCAUAAAGAGAUUUGCCUUAAAAUCACUGGACUGCCUGAAGUUUACCAUGUUAGGAUUUGGUCAAAUAUAAUUUAUUAUAGGUUUGAGCUAGACCAUUUCCAGCCCAUAGGCAGACAAGGCAUAGCCUGAAGUUUAAAUGUCACUGUUAAUGCCACUUUUUUUGUUCACACUGUCUUAAUCAACUGAAUAACUUAUACAUUGAAUAAACAAUAAUGUAUUU